AUGGAGAAUCCAGUGGCCGAAAUCCGAACGGUGAUCCGUCUUCUCACUCAAUCCACCCCAUCCUUGCAAGAAAAGGCACUAGAGCGGUUCUUCACCACCAAUGCGUCCUUUGUACACCCAUUCUGUCGAGUCCCCAGCUUUAACGGCAGUCGAUGGUGGGUGACCAAGAUCUUUCAAUGGUACAAGAUCAUGUCUCCUCGGAUUGAAAUGGAGGUUCAUUCUGUUGCCUUUGACGAGGAUCAUCUAAAGCUCUAUGUCCACAUGUCGCAAAUCUUCUCUAUCUGGCUGGUGCCUUUCCAUGUCGCACCGGUGACGCUGACAACGGUCUUGGAUCUCACCACGGACGCAGCCAACAGCAGUGCCCCGACUAAUGGCGACCACACGCGGUACUACAUUACCAAGCAAGAAGAUCUGUAUCAAACCUCCGAGUUUGUAAAGUUUCUCUUGCCACAUGUUGGGCAUUGGCUGGUGCUGCUUUGGCAUUUGAUUGCAACGUUCUUCUGUAUCGUUGGUGUGACUUUCCUGUGGCCUAUGCUGUGGUUGGAAGAGAAGGGCUAUUUGCCUCAUUGGAUUUCACGGGGGAAUCUGGCUUGCGACAUUGCGGAUAAGAUUCCCGAGAUUAAGAAGGAGUGA